CACCAGGCCCGCAACGCCAGCCCAGCAGUCCGGUGAAUCCGAUCCCGCCAAGAGCCGACCAAGCGCUCAGCACCCUCCCUCGACGGCAAGACACUGAUUCAUCUGGGGUCGCGACUCGCACAUUGCCAGCGUGAAUAAGCUUGGCCAGGAGAUCUCGAUCCAACGAAUAGCAUCCGCACGCAUCGCACCAGCCUUCGAUCGCAUUGACCCUGCCGACCUCGUCGAGAUAUAUCCAAGCAAAUCAUCACACAAAAAAUGCUUCCGCUCAACCUGCUAAACGCUGCCGUUGGCCAUCCUGUCCUGAUCGAGCUGAAAAACGGCGAGUCCUACAACGGCAUUCUCGUCUCAUGCGACAACUGGAUGAACGUCUCGCUCCGCGAGGUGAUCCAGACCGGGGCCGACGGCGAGCGCUUCUGGAGGCUGCCCGAGGCCUACAUCCGCGGCAACACCGUCAAGUAUCUGCGACUGAAGGAUGAGGUCCUCAUCAAGGCCCUCGAGAAGAAGCGAUACGAGCAAAAGUCGGGGGGCCACCACGAUCGCGACGGAAACAACAACAACAACAACCGAGGACCUGGCGGCGGACGAGGCGGCUCAUCAGCAGGAUCGAGAGGCGGCCGUGGUGGCCAGCGCGGACGAGGCGGUGGACGGGGCGGCAGCCAGCAGUAGAUCCACUCCGCCCAACAUCUGCUGUCUUUCAUGGAACCGACUAAACCUUGGCUGCCGGAUCCGCUGCAAGACAACCAGUAAUACAGUGUGUUGAAGUGGCAAUUGGACACAUCGUCUCAUUCGGAC